AUGAAGAUUGAGAACAGAACUUUCGUGGUAUCUGGUGGUUCUUCCGGUCUUGGGCUUGGGACUGUUCAUCAUCUCCUCGAAGCGAACGCAUUCAUUUCUAUCCUCGACCUCUCUCCUCCACCAGAAGACAUAGCUUCAUCGUCAAGGGUCAAAUUCUUCAAGACAGACAUCACCGAGGCUGAUGAAAUCGAAAAGGCAGUUACCGCCACUGUCGAAUGGUGUCACUCGACUGGAGCAACCCUUGGUGGAGUCAUCAACUGCGCUGGGGUCGCAGUCGCCUCUAGGAUUAUUGACUCACGCAAUGAACCUCAUUCUUUGGAUUUAUGGAACUUUGCUCUGGCCGUCAACCUAACAGGAGCAUUCAACCUCACCAGGCUCGUUCUGAAACACUUGGUACAUGUUCAGCCAGAACCCGGUCGCGAUGGGGAACGUGGAGUUGUUAUCUUGGUAGCCAGCUCUGCUGCUUUCGAGGGUCAGCCUGGUCAAGUCGCGUAUGCGGCCACGAAAGGAGCAUUGCGGUCAAUGACAUUACCUCUGGCACGAGACUUGGGGCGACAUGGAAUUCGUGUCAUGGCUAUUGCACCUAGCCUCUUUGACAGCAAUAUGACAAACAAGAUGCCCGCCAAGGCUCGUCGUAGUUUGGAAAACGACCUUAUUUUCCCCAAGCGAAUGGGCGAAGCGAAAGAAUUCGCGCAAACAGUCAAGUGGAUUUUGGAGACUAGCUAUGUUAAUGGUGAAAUCGUCAGGCUCAGUGCUGCUUCGAGAAUGCCCGGGAAACUCUGA